UAAAUGUGAGCCAGUUUGUUGAGAAUCGAAUAACGAAAAGAAAACUUCCAAAUUUCCAUUAAGCCAAAUCGCGAUAAACGUUUCAAGUGAAUAGCAUUCGCCAUGAUGCGCCUUAAGCAAAUCGAGCCGGCGCAGGUCGAGAUGCGCGCCAAGGACGAGGUUCGGGCCAGCUUCAUAGUGUUUGCCGUGCUCUGUGCCGCCAUAAGGAUAACUCCGUUUCUGCUGCGCAAGCUCUCCUCUUCCUGAUGACGAGCCACCCAAACUAGGACCCACAACAAAU